GUUUCCGGCCAGUGACGCACUUCCACUUUGCUGGGCGCGCGGUGGACGAUCUGAAAAGCAGAGCGCCGAUUUGGCUAGGGCCUCGCGGCUCCUUAGCCCGGCAUGGCCUCCUCACGAGCCUCCUCCACGGCAACCAAAACUAAAGCACCUGAUGAUUUAGUUGCUCCUGUUGUGAAGAAACCACACAUAUAUUAUGGAAGCUUGGAAGAGAAAGAGAGGGAACGUCUGGCCAAAGGAGAGUCUGGGAUUUUGGGAAAAGAAGGACUCAAGGCAGGCAUUGAAGCCGGAAAUAUUAAUAUAACCUCUGGGGAAGUAUUUGAAAUUGAGGAGCACAUCAGUGAGCGGCAGGCGGAAGUCUUGGCAGAGUUUGAAAGAAGAAAGAGAGCCCGACAAAUCAAUGUUUCCACGGAUGACUCAGAGGUCAAGGCUUGCCUCAGAGCCUUGGGAGAACCUAUCACACUCUUUGGAGAGGGCCCUGCUGAACGAAGAGAAAGGUUAAGAAAUAUCCUCUCAGUGGUUGGAACUGAUGCCUUAAAAAAGACUAAAAAAGAUGAUGAGAAAUCUAAGAAGUCAAAAGAAGAGUAUCAGCAAACCUGGUACCAUGAAGGGCCAAAUAGCCUAAAAGUGGCCAGACUGUGGAUUGCUAAUUAUUCACUCCCCAGGGCAAUGAAACGCCUGGAGGAGGCCCGUCUCCAUAAGGAGAUUCCUGAGACAACCAGAACCUCCCAGAUGCAAGAACUGCACAAAUCUCUCCGGUCUUUGAAUAAUUUCUGCAGUCAGAUUGGAGAUGACCGGCCAAUCUCCUACUGUCACUUUAGUCCCAAUUCUAAAGUGCUAGCCACAGCUUGUUGGAGUGGGCUUUGCAAGCUCUGGUCUGUCCCUGACUGCAGCCUCCUUCACACUCUUCGAGGUCAUAACACAAAUGUAGGAGCAAUUGUAUUCCAUCCUAAAUCCACUGUCUCUUUGGACCAAAAGGAUGUCAACUUGGCCUCUUGUGCAGCCGAUGGUUCUGUGAAGCUUUGGAGUCUGGACAGUGAUGAACCAGUGGCAGAUAUUGAAGGCCAUACAGUGCGUGUGGCUCGGGUAAUGUGGCAUCCAUCAGGGCGUUUCCUGGGCACGACCUGUUAUGACCGUUCAUGGCGCUUAUGGGAUUUAGAGGCUCAAGAGGAGAUCCUGCAUCAGGAAGGCCACAGCAUGGGUGUGUAUGACAUUGCCUUCCAUCAAGAUGGCUCUUUGGCUGGCACUGGGGGACUGGAUGCAUUUGGUCGAGUUUGGGACCUGCGCACAGGACGUUGCAUUAUGUUCCUAGAAGGCCACCUGAAGGAGAUCUAUGGGAUAAAUUUCUCCCCCAAUGGCUACCACAUUGCCACGGGCAGUGGCGACAACACCUGCAAGGUGUGGGACCUUCGACAGCGGCGUUGUGUCUACACCAUCCCUGCCCAUCAAAACUUAGUGACCGGUGUCAAGUUUGAGCCUAUCCAUGGAGACUUCUUGCUCACAGGUGCCUAUGAUAACACAGCCAAGAUCUGGACCCACCCAGGCUGGUCGCCGUUGAAGACUUUGGCUGGACAUGAGGGCAAAGUGAUGGGCCUAGACAUUUCUUCUGAUGGGCAACUCAUAGCCACUUGCUCAUACGACAGGACCUUCAAGCUCUGGAUGGCAGAGUAAGCCAGACCAUGGAAGGCCUCGGACCUUGUGCUCUCACUGAGGAGCCAUUUUCCUCAGAGGAAAAGAACUGUGUUGUGGUCUAUCAUGUGUUCUGCCAGAUCCCACGUGUGGGAUUGGAUUUUCACGUCGGCCCCACUUCUGAGUAGCCCGGUCUCUAGGAGACCGUGGUUAGAGUGCACUCCUCGUCUCAGGUUCGGCCAUAAACUGUAGACAUUGCUUAGACUCAUCACUUUUGAAUGCCCUCCCACCCACCUCUGUCAGUACUCAGGAUUGUGGCUGUUCGUUCUUUCUUUCUUUUUCUUUUUUUGGUUUUUUUGAGACAGAGUUUCUCUGUGUAGUUUUGGUACCUGUCCUGGAUCUCGCUCUGUAGACCAGGCUGGCCUCGAACUCACAGAGAUCCACCUGGCUCUGCCUCCCGAGUGCUGGGAUUAAAGGCGUGCGCCACCACCGCCCAUCUAUUCUUUCAUUUUUAAGUUUUUUAAUUUGGCAUUUUGAGACAGGGUCUGUCUCUUUAGCCCUGACUGUCCUGGAACUUGGUGUACAUGUCAGGAGGCUUCACAUUGUAAGUGAUCCUCCAGCCUCUGCCUUUCAAGUGAUGGCAUUACAGAAAUGUGCUGCUGCCCCUGACAGCUGCAUUGUCUCUGUAGCAUGGUAUGUGCUCCGUUCUACACGUGAUCCAGCAAGAAGAUAGUGGACUGUAUUUGAAAUUCCCCGUUAAGAGGGCAUGCUGCUGUGCGUUAGUUGAGCAGGGCCUGAGGGCAAGCUCCUCUCCUGCUCCUGAGAAUGUGAUGUCAAGCAGCAGACUGCAACUGCAUGAUGGUUCCGCAGCAAAGAUUUGCCCUCUUCCUGUGGAGUUCACAGAGGAUGGUAACUACAUCACGGAACUCAGAACUGAACACAUCUGCCUUGUUGGGGGAAAACCUUCCAUUUUGCUUUGAAGGUUGGCAUUCUUCAUGAUAAAACAAGGCCACUGUAUCCAGAUUCAAAUGAGUUUUUAGAAAACAAACAUGUCUGGUACAACCUCCUUCUGUUGAUUAUUUAAAGGGUGUACUUUCUGUAUUAAAGGGUACUUCAUUGACAAAGUAAAUGGGGGACAAAUCCCUAAUCUAGUUUGGGCAUUCCCAAACAUAAACGUUUUUUCUUAUUAUACACUUGCUGAGAGUAAAAUCCUACCAUAAAAACA